UCGGGAGUUCGCGCGAGGCGUAUCGCGUGUGUGCGCGCUUCAGUGUUUUUAUACGGCAUCGUCCAUUUUGUGUAUUAAUUUAGGGUUAAAAAAUAACCUUAAAGCUUAGUUAAGUGGUUUCCUUUAAAAACAGAAAUAAACCGCCAUGGCGGCCGGCGGUACAAGGCGUUGCUGUUACGCCGGUGAAUUGGUCGGCCAUUUCUCAACCAACAAUCCUUAUUCAUUGUUUAAUUUAAAGAAUAGUGGUGAUGUGAGUGUGAACAAACGUGCUCCGGAUUCCUUACUGGAUAUUACUGCCAAGAUCGUUGCCGAAAAUAUACCUUUUCAGCGAAUCGAGGAGCGCUAUGAUAGAAUUCCUGAACCUGUUCAGAGGAGAAUCAUUUUCUGGUCAUUUCCUCGUAAUGAGCGUGAUAUCUGUAUGUACAGUUCUUUAUCUCGUGUCCAAUUUGUGGGCAACGGGGCAGCCGAUGCACAAAAUUUGUCCUUCUGCAAAGGGUUGAAAUUGCUCGAAACUGGAUGUGUCGAUAGCGUCUUGCAAGUCGGUUUCCAUUUGAGUGGUAUAGUUUCUUCAGGAAGAAACAACGUAUCAGGACAAUAUCCCGUAGAACCUGAAAAGAAGUACAAAGUAUCCGUCAGUUUUGAUAGGUGUAAAAUAACGUCGGUGACCUGCACAUGUGAUACACGUGACAUAUUCUGGUGUCAACACGUGGUAGCUUUGUCUUUGUACAGAAUUCGGAAUGCAGAAACCGUCAGGCUCAGAGUUCCGAUAUCAGAAACUUUACUACAAAUGGACCGACAGCAACUACAAAAGUUCGUGCAAUACCUGAUAUCGGAACAUCACACGGAAGUACUUCCUACGGCACAGAAACUUGCUGAUGAAAUACUUCAGCAACGAUCAGAAAUAAAUCAAAUUCCAGGGGCGCCAGAUCCGACGGCCGGGGCGUCCGCGGACGACGAACACAGCUGGCACCUCGACGAAGAACAGGUGUGUGAACAGGUGCGUUCGUAUCUGUCACAGGGCAGCUACUACACGGCCAACAAGCAGCUCAACUCGCUCUUCUCCAAGGUUCGUGAAAUGCUCCGAGCUCAGGACUCGAAUGGUGCCCGCAUGUUGACUCUGAUAACAGAGCAAUUCUUAUCGGACCCUCGUUUACUCUUGUGGAAAACACAAGGACAACCCAUGACCGACAAGUGCAGGCAGCUUUGGGAUCAAUUGGGCGCGUUGUGGGUGUGUAUAGUAUUAAAUCCUCGAAUAGGCCGAACGGAAAGAUUGCAAUGGAAAGCUUUAUUAGAAAAAUGGACUGCAAGUGAUGUUUGUCCCCAAGAAGAUCCAGACCUGAGAACUCCUGCUCAAGAUAAUAGAGAUCGCGACCGGGACCGGGACAGAGAUAGAGAUAGCCGAGCACGUGAACGAGAACGGGAACGCGAUCGUGAAAGAGAAAGAGAAAGAGAACGCGAAAGGGAGAGAGAACGGGAACGUGAAAGGGAGAGAAACAGAUUUGAUACUUCUGAUAGUUCUGAUGAUGAUAAUGCUGGUAACGGAUACCACAGAAACAAUAAAAGAAUGAGGCUAAACAAUGCUGGAGGAAAGGCGACAAGCACACCCAGGACGAUUUUUCACAGAGCUUUAGAUGCUGUUGGUAUGACUUGGGACAAUUCACAUUUGAAAAACAUUUUAGCAAGUGAUACUUAUACGAGUAGUAGAGGGAAAACAGCACAUCCAUCUGCUAACACCGGUGCCCUGUUUAAUGAUCUCAAUCAACCUUUAUGGAAAGAACCUCUCCCAAUGUGUGCAGCCCGCAUAGAUUCACUUCGUUCUCAUGGUCACGCUGAGUCCGCACUCCGCCUCGCGGUUGCCGUCGUGCGUACCAUGAAACAACAACAACUUAUCGCCCAAAGAAAUUGGCAAGAGUGCCAGAUGAGUGCUUCCUCCUCCAGUUCUAGCCAGUAUGGCAUUGUUCAUCACAAAAAUUGUCCAAACAAUCCAAAUAACAUAAAUAACACCAAAGAACACCAAUGCCAUUUCAGGCAUAGAACGAAAACGACGGAACAUAGGGAUCAAACCUAUCGAAAUGUGUGUCCACAUUGCUUUAUGAGUUACAACUGUACGCGGAUGUACGGUUGUCCUGGAUGCGCUUGUGUUACUAAUACACAGAAUACUGCUUCGAAAAACAGUCAGUCCACCCGUUCGUGCGAUAAACCUGCAAAAUAUUCCUCAAAUUGCUGUGUUACUCGAAGUAAUUCACAACAGAUGCAUAAUAAUUAUUGCACAAAAUCCUGUUGUGCAAAUUAUACCAAUACAAAUAAUACAAGUGGUGGUGGAACGACCGGCAAUCCUAUCAAUGGAGGGACUACGUGCAAUAACAAAAAUAGUAGUACUACAAAUACAAAUGUCGGAACACCUAAUGCCGGCGAUUAUCCAGCGAGGGAUGUUUUUAAAUUUGCUAAUGCUGUGCAUUGCAAUAUGAUCGGUUGCAAUGGAGGUUUAGGUUGUAAUGAGAACCCUGGCACGAGUAGUAGUAGUAACGCUAAUGGAGCCAAAAUUUCUUAUUAUCAGGACACAUGUUCAUCGAAAUGUAUAGCGCAAAGCACAGUACCCUAUCAUGCCAAAGUUAAACAUAUAACGGACGGUUGGGUUGGUCAUCCGCUAGAUCCGGUCGGUUGUAUAUUCGAUUGCUUGACUGACGCAUCUUUGGUUCCCGAUGAUAGAACACUCAGAAUGCAGACUUAUUUUGAUCCUGUUGGCCUGGACGAUAACACACCCACUAAUAUACCUCCUAGAUACCAACAUGUGCCUGUCACGGGUUCAAAAAUCCGCGAUGAAACGUAUUUAACACUCGCCUUUGAAGUAGCAUUAAUAGGCCUUGGGCAGCAAAGAAAUAUGCCUAUCGGUUUAUAUGCACAGGAAAAAGCUUGCAAACAAGAGGACCGCCUUAUCGCGAAAUUGCAGGAAAUCGAAUUAGACAACGCUUUGGUGGCAGUAUUACGUCGUCAAUCAUUGUAUCUUUUAGAAGGCGGACCAUCUAGUGGACUAGGGUUGGGAAUUCAUCCCGAAUCUAUACCGAUGCAUACGUUUGCACAGUUUUUAUUUCUGUCUUUAUUAAACUAUCAUCCCGAUUUGGCUUACUUGGUUGGUCUCAGAGCUAUGAGAUUACCUAUUUUGGAAGAGCAUGAGGAUUCAGAUGACACAAUCAAUGGAGGUUCACCAGGACCGUUAGCCAUGCCGCGCUAUCCACGUUGGUUUACAUUAGGUCAUAUUGAAACUCAACAAUGUGCUUUAUCUUCAACUAUGCUGAGCGCUGCCAAAGGCGAUGUGAUACGACUUCGUGCCGUUCUUGAAUGCUCACAGCGGCACAUUCAUAGUUCAUCCCACCUGUUCAAGCUUGCCCAAGACGCUUUUAGAUUUGCUACUCCAGAAUCCGGACCCAGACAUCCAGCCUUACUAAGCGUAGCCUUUGAAUUGGGUUUACAAGUAAUGCGUAUGACUCUGGCGUCACUAAAUUGGAGACGAAGAGAGAUGGUCAGGUGGCUAGUCACAUGUGCAAUGGAAAUUGGUGCUGAUGCAUUGCUAUCAAUUAUGCAGAAUUGGUAUCAAUUAUUUACUCCAACUGAGGCGACGGGUCCAGUUGCAACCACGAUAAUGUCCCAUAGUGCAAUAAUGAGGUUGAAUUUAUCAUUCCAACAAAAAGAAGAUUUUUUACAGGAUACACAUCCAGCAAUCAACGAUAUUCAUUGGGCGUGCGCCUUAUCUCAUUCUUUGGGUAAAACAGAAUUAUCUUCUAUGAUACCAUUGCUGGUGAAAAAUGUGCAAUGUGCCACCGUUCUUUCUGAUAUUUUGAGAAGAUGUAGCAUGGCGGCCCCACAUUGUCAACCUCCCGAAGGCAAACAUCAUCAUCCCCACCAUCAUCAUCACAGCAGAUCAUCCUCUAGAAGUUGUACUGCCUUGAAACCUUUAUCAUACGACCGGCCGCCCCUACGGCAACUUCUGGACGCCGCCGUAUCAGCGUACAUAAACACUACGCAUUCGCGACUAACUCAUAUUUCGCCAAGACAUUAUGGAGAUUUCAUCGAUUUCUUAGGCAAAGCUCGUGAUACUUUUAUUUUGGCACAUGAUGGCCACACACAAUUCCAACAACUAAUUGAAAAUAUGAAAUUGGCAUACAAAGGCAAAAAGAAGCUGAUGUUCCUGGUUAAAGAGAGAUUUGGGUGAAACUUGAGAAGAUCUUGGUGAUUC